CAUUAUGUCACUGCCGAGGUGUGUCCCACUAUAUAACAGAACAGACCUACUGGAAGGCAAACAGCAAUCUGCAAUCACAGUCACAGCAAGGACUACUUGUCUCAUUCGACACCUUGCUCAAAGCUCUCUCAUCUUUGGGGUUUGUUGAACAGAAAUGGGCAAUACAGCAAGUGAUGAGCGGUGUUGCAUUGGGGUUCUCCGAAGGAUAGUGACUUUCUCCUUUGCUCUCUUGUUACUGUCAUUGUUGCUAUGGGCUUUUAUUGACAGCAUUCCCUUAGCAACGGAUGAGUAUAGAAUCAUGGCCUUUGGCCUCUAUGGGGCCUUUCUCUCUGCCCAUCUGGUCAUCCAGAGCUUCUUUGCAUACCUGGAGCACAGAAAGAUGAGAAGAGUUGGACUCCCCUGCACUUACACCAAAUCGGUGGCAUUGACUAUAUCAGCUUACCAGGAAGAUCCAAACUACCUACGUGAGUGCCUAGAGUCUGUAAAAAAUACAGACUACCCUCCCACCAAAUUAAAAAUCAUCAUGGUAAUUGAUGGCAACAGCCCAGAAGAUCAGUACAUGAUGGAUAUGUUUCAAGAAGUUUUUGCCAAUGAAGAUGUUGGGACAUACAUUUGGGAGAAAAACUACCAUCACAGGGACCAACAGGCCCGAAACAUCCAUGAUGGUAGCGAGAGAGCAAAUGUUCCUCAAAACCUUGAAGAUAAAAGUGUUGCCAUUAACUGUAUAAACAUUGGGGUACAAGGGAAUAAUGAGACUUAUGAUAGCAUUGAUGACUUGCAAUAUCAAGGGUCUACUGUCUAUGAUAACAGGGCAAACGAUGGGCCAUCUUCCCCUGGAAUUGAGAUGCACAAUCAUAAAAGGUAUCCGUCAGGUGACCACUUACAGGAGGAACCAUUGCCCAUAUACUCAGAGAUUGAGAUGGAGGAUCCCACAACACAGGAGGUUGAGCAUCUGAUAAGGACAAAAAGAUGUGUGUGCAUCAUGCAGAAGUGGGGGGGAAAGAGAGAAGUCAUGUACACAGCCUUCAAAGCCCUUGGAGACAGUGUAGAUUAUGUCCAGGUUUGUGACUCAGACACCAAGUUGGAGCCAGUGGCCACUAUUGAACUUGUGAAAGUUCUGGAGUCCAAUGAUCAGUAUGGCGCAGUGGGAGGAGACGUGCGGAUUUUAAAUCUCUCAGACUCUUACAUAAGUUUCAUGAGCAGCCUGAGGUACUGGAUCGCAUUCAAUGUGGAGAGGGCCUGUCAGUCCUACUUUGACUGUGUCUCCUGCAUCAGUGGCCCAUUGGGUCUUUACCGAAACGACCUUCUUCAGACAUUCCUUGAGUCUUGGUACAAUCAGAAGUUCCUAGGAACCCACUGCACCUUUGGAGAUGACCGACACCUUACUAACCGAAUGCUGAGUAUUGGCUAUGCCACAAAGUACACUGCCCGAUCGAAGUGCUAUUCUGAGACUCCAGCACAGUUACUGCGUUGGCUUAAUCAGCAGACUCGAUGGACCAAGUCUUACUUCCGUGAGUGGCUCUACAAUGCCCUCUGGUGGCACAAGCACCACCUCUGGAUGACCUACGAGUCAGUCAUCGCCGGCAUCUUCCCGUUCUUCGUUACAGCGACGGUGAUAAAACUAUUCUUCAGCUGCCAUAUCUGGGACAUUAUGUGGGUGUUGCUCAUCAUCCAGCUCAUUGCCACCGUCAAGGCCCUGUAUGCGUGUUUCCUUCGGCGUAAUAUGGUCAUGAUAUUUAUGUCACUCUACGCUGUACUAUACAUGGCUGGCCUCCUCCCUACAAAGUACUUUGCCAUUCUUACAAUGAACAAGAGCAACUGGGGCACAUCAGGGCGCAAGAAGAUGGUGGGCAACUUUAUGCCCCUUCUGCCACUGUCCAUCUGGUGGGGAAUUCUAUUUGCUGGCCUCCUCUAUACUAUCAUCAUGAUGUCACUGAACCCCAGCUGUGGAAUUAUUGAGGCAGAGAAGCUUUAUCUGAUUUACGGUUCUUCCUCCUAUGCUGGAUACUGGUUACUAAUGAUCGCCCUCUACUGGUUGUGGAUCAGACGCUGCUGUCGGAAAAGGAGUAACUACUAUGACAUUGAGAAUUGAACAGGGAUGCCGGAUGAGAACAUUAGGUCCAACGGAAUAUUAGGCACUCACGCUACCAGAAGAAUUAGCCACUGUAUUCAUCACCGUAGUGUGUUGGUUCCACAGUGCAUUUAGGAAAUAUUAAGAAACCCCUGUAUGAAAACCGGGACACAUGAAAUUGCACAGAAAAAUUAUAUAUCCUAUGACAACCAAUGAGAGCCUGACAUUUUUCUAGCACAAUUUAGAAAAUGGAAGCAAAUGCCUUAUUGGUUGAUGUGGUUUACAGGAUCUAUUGCACAGAUUUUACACUUUUACUCUCUUUAGCCCUUAUUAAAUACAUAUUUUAAUGUAGAUGAGAAGAAACUGAUCUUCUGCACUUACUUUAAGUGUUAUAUUGAAAGCCCAGAAACACACCGGAUUGCCAUCUGCCUUAGUUGUGUAUUGUCGACUCUGGGGGUAAUUCAGAGUUGAUCGUAGAUGUGCUAAAUUUAGCACAGUGAUGGGGAACCUUUGGCACUCCAGCUGUUGUUGAACUACACAUCCCAGCAUGCCCUGCUACAGUUUUGCUA